AGAGGGAAGAGCUGGAAUGGUAAUUCACUGUCCGUGGUGCAGCAACAUGAGCGUCUGCGGUACCGUUCGCUGAGAAAACGCGCGACGUGACAAAAUUCCAUUGCCGUGAAAUCGCCGCGGCGGUCGUACGUGUCAGCGGGUCGCGCGGCGCGUUUCGCGUGUUGAGCCGCGUGUGCCAAGAGUGUCGCGGGUGCCCGACGUUUGCGUUUCCGCACACGUGGAUAACGCGGUACCUCGGCCGCGGGGUUAGUUUUCGCCGGAUUCCACGAAGGAAGGAUAACACCACCACAGAAGUCGGGAGUCGGUGUGUCGUCCCUCUCCCCCCUUGCUCCCCCCUUUCCCCGUACGGUCGCCGUCGUGCUGAGGAAUUGCUUUCGGUGAAAGGGAUUUCUCGACUUAGGCUAAGAUGUCACAUCACAGCGACGACAACAUGCUGAUAGCGACGUCGGACUCCUUCUGGGAGCCGGGCAACUACAAGCGAACGACGAGGAGGAUCGAGGACGGCCACAAGCUCUGCGACAGUCUGAUAGCUCUGGUCCAGGAAAGGGCGGAGAUCGAGAAGAACUAUGCCAAGGCGCUCAAAAACUGGUCGAAGAAUUGGAACGACAAGAUCGAGAAGGGACCCGAGUACGGCACGACCGAGGCAGCGUGGAAGGGCGUUCUGGUGGAGUCCGACAGGCUCUGCGAUCUUCAUCUCAGGGUCAAAGAGAACCUCUGCAACGACAUCGUUCAGCAAGUCAAGACGUGGCAGAAGGAUACGUAUCACAAGUGGCUGAUGUCGCACGGGUUUGGAUUGCAGUCAAUGAUGACGCUGAAGGAGCGCAAGGAAAUGGAAGACGCGUUUAAGAAGGCGCAGAAGCCAUGGGCGAAGCUCCUGCAGAAGGUCGAGAAGGCGAAGUCGGAGUUCCACAACAGCUGCAAGACCGAGCGUACCGCGACGAACAUGGAGAGGAAUGCCUCGGCGGACAGUUCUCUCUCGCCAGAUCAGACGGCCCGAGGCUCGGGAGAUAACGUGAAGAAAAUGCAGGACCGAGUGCAAAAAACGAAGGAGGAGGUGCAAAAAGCGAAGGAGAAGUACGAGGCGGCGCUUCAAGAAAUCAAUCAGUACAACCCAAAGUACAUGGAAGACAUGACGCAGGUGUUCGAGAAGUGCCAGGAGAUGGAGGCGCAGAGACUACAGUUCUUCAAAGAAGUCCUCUUCGGUAUUCACAAGUGUCUCAACGUAUCGCAGGACCCAGUGCUUCCACAGAUAUACGAGGAAUUCUAUCACACGAUAAAUAAUGCCGACCACGAGAAAGACCUCAAAUGGUGGUCUAACAAUCACGGCAUCAAUAUGGCUAUGAAUUGGCCGCAGUUCGAAGACUACACAGAGGAGUUCCGCGAGAUCACGAAGGGCUCGAAGUCGAAGGAGGCGCUCCCGGCAGGCUCCAUCACUCUCAUCAAUCAACGCCCGGUCGGCGAGGAUCUGCAUGAAUUUCCACCAGUCAAUAACAAAUCAAAAUCGAAGUCCGCCGGACGAGUCAUAUCAGCGGACGGCAAUCACGGGGACAGCAAAGCGGACGACGUAAGUUCCGGCAAGCCGUCCUCGGAGAAGAACGAUACCGACAGCGUCAACAGGACCACGACUAUCACUAACGGCACUAAUGCCAAGCAAGAGUCGAAUCCGUUCGAGGAGGAGGAAUGGGACGAGGAGGGUGGUGAACCGCUGGUCGACAAUGGCGAACCCGGUGUCCCCGUGCGAGCCUUGUACGAUUACGAGGGUGCCGAGGCGGACGAGCUCAGUUUCAAGCAAGGGGAUGUAUUCGAUAAACUGGAAGACGAAGACGAGCAGGGGUGGUGUAAAGGAAGGAAGGACGGCAGAGUGGGCCUCUAUCCGGCGAAUUAUGUAGGCUUGGUGUCGCAAUAGAUUAAUGCAAAGCCAAAUCCACAAGAGUUAGUUACUUAAAUAUAUAAUCUACGCGAAGAACAAGAUAUUGCGUUUUCAUUUUCUCUUCGCUGUCGUUUGGCGCGGAGUGGAGAUUUCGCGGGAUGUCAGUUUCGCGGCGCCUUGUAGGGCAACGAUUAUGAUGAAUGAACUCUAAAUGUAAGGAAGCGAGUUACAACAGUCCGAUACAUUUAGGGUGAAGCGCAAACUGAUCGUCUGCAUUUACGAAUUGUAUAAAAUGGCAAGGUGGCAAUUCCAUUUCGAGAUCUUUCCCCCGCGACUAGCGGGGGUUAAAAUGAACGGUUUCCCACGUGAAGAUAUACCCUACCCCCCCCCCCUCCCCCUCACUCAGAAUGAAAUUUGUUUUUAGAUAGCUAGGUUAGUUAAAAUCCUUCACUAGUUAGACUCUAUAGAUGAACAUGAAUUACACGCGCGCGCGCGCGCGUAUAGCGGAGUUUAGAGUAUUGGAAUAUUGUACGUUUUACGACUCAUUGUUGUAACUCAUUGUUGUAACAAAAAGAAUCUUUUGGUUGAGACGCGACGAGAGUUCUAUUUAAUUUAUUGUUAUUAAAAAAAAAAGUACUAUUAAAAACUAAUGUCUAUAUAAAUGGUGUCAUUGUACAUAAUAAAUUUAAGAGCCUAGCAAUA